AGGAACCACCAGCCUGUCGGCGCCCGCCGUUCUCGUGGUCGCCGUCGCCGUCGUCGUCGUGGUCGUCUCCGCCGUCGCCUGGGCCAUGGCCAAUUACAUCCACGUCCCGUCCGGCUCGCCCGAGGUGCCCAAGCUGAACGUCACGGUUCAGGAUCAGGAGGAGCAGCGCUGCCGGGAGGGGGCCCUGAGCCUCCUGCGACACCUGCGGCCGCACUGGGACCCCCAGGAUGUGACCCUGCAGCUCUUCACAGAUGGAAUCACUAAUAAACUUAUUGGCUGUUAUGUGGGUAAUACCAUGGAAGACGUAGUCCUGGUGAGAAUUUAUGGCAAUAAGACUGAGUUGUUAGUCGAUCGAGAUGAAGAGGUGAAGAGUUUUAGAGUGUUGCAAGCUCAUGGCUGUGCACCGCAACUCUACUGUACCUUCAAUAAUGGACUAUGCUAUGAGUUCAUACAGGGAGAAGCUCUGGAUCCAAAGCAUGUCUGCAACCCAGCUAUUUUCAGGCUAAUAGCUCGUCACCUUGCUAAAAUCCAUGCUAUCCAUGCACAUAAUGGCUGGAUCCCCAAAUCUAAUCUGUGGCUAAAGAUGGGAAAAUACUUCUCUCUCAUUCCCACGGGAUUUACAGAUGAAGACAUUAAUAAAAGGUUCCUAAGUGAUAUCCCAAGCUGUCGGAUUCUUCAGGAAGAGAUGACUUGGAUGAAGGAGAUUCUUUCCAACCUGGGCUCACCUGUUGUGCUUUGUCACAAUGACCUAUUGUGUAAGAAUAUAAUCUACAAUGAGAAACAAGGUGAUGUACAGUUCAUUGAUUAUGAAUAUUCUGGAUACAACUACCUGGCAUAUGAUAUUGGAAAUCAUUUCAAUGAAUUUGCAGGUGUGAGUGAUGUGGACUAUAGUCUUUAUCCAGAUAGAGAACUACAAAGCCAGUGGCUGCGUUCUUACCUUGAAGCCUACAAAGAAUAUAAGGGUUUUAGGACUGAAGUUACUGAAAAGGAGGUGGAAAUACUCUUCAUCCAAGUCAAUCAGUUUGCAUUGGCUUCUCAUUUCUUUUGGGGAUUGUGGGCUUUGAUUCAAGCCAAAUACUCCACUAUUGAAUUUGAUUUCCUUGGGUAUGCAAUUGUUCGUUUUAACCAGUACUUUAAAAUGAAGCCUGAGGUUACUGCAUUAAAAGUGCCUGAGUAAAGAAGAGAUUUAAUUAAUUCUCAAGUAGCUGACCAAUGGUUGUGAAUUUUUUUCCUAAGAAAUUCCAAAAAGCCAGUAUCUGUUAAAAUUCUGUUACUGAAUUUGGUUAUUUUGCUUUACAAAUUAUUCCUUUAAACAACCAAUCUUAUUAUUUAAAUAGACUGGAUGAUGUCAAGAAAUAUACCUAUUGCUGUCAGAAUGUGGUGGAGUAGAGAUUUGUUAGAUCUGCAAAAGGUAUAAAGAUGUCAGUUUAAGCCUUUCUGUCAUAAUUUAUGUGAUGUGGGUUAUUUAUUAUAAAUUUAACAUGAUUCUGUGACUGCUUUCAUCACUUUCCUCUGUUAAGUGUAUACAAUGUGAGAGUGUUCUAGAGAAAUGUUUUUAAAGUUUUAUGUUAAGAAGAUUGAUUUUAGGAAACCAUUCUGGUUGUUCAUUGUAACCUUUUUAGUUGAUUCACCAUAAAUGAAAUGUUAUCAUUUGCUUUUGAAAUGCCAGUCACUGACUUGUAUAGAUAACUUAGGAUGGUCAUAGGAAACAAGGUGUUUGGAAGGGAGAAAUGCAUUCACUGUCUUUGUUGGCGAUACAUCUUUUUAAAUUGAAUAUUAGAAGGCCUUUCUUUUUUGGGGAAUUCUUGUCUAUAUAGUCUGGCAAUAUAAACGUAUUUACCAUGUAAUCUUGGAAUAAGUAUAAUGAUGGUUACCAAAUCUGUAUUGAGAAAUGUAUGCAAAUGCUGAAUGUGAUUAUUUAAGUUACUGUUUUGUUUGACCUUAUUGAUUUGUUUCUAACCAAAAAUUUCAUCUUACUUGAUAGCUUUCUUUGUAUUAAAUAAUAGCUUGUAAUGCUAAUUUUUCAAACAAAUACACAAAAUUUAUCAUACUUGAAAACAGAAUAUUGUUUAGAUUAAAUUUUUAAAAAAUCUUCAGAUUCAUUGUUGAUAUCCUGGUUUCAAGUUUUAGUUUUUGUUGUCUUUAGUGUGAUAGUGAUGACUCGAUACAUGUAAUUUCAGAGUAAUAUGUUGAGGCAGUUAAAAGAAUCAAAUAGGGAACAUUUAGAAUAGCGGUCUUAUAUACUUAAAAUCUGAAAAAAAGUGAAAUGUGAAUUAAGCAGGAAUACUUAUGGUAGGAGGGCUUCUGUUGCUUUGAUUUAUUGUGUUUUUGUUUUUAUAUAUUUUUUGUAUAGGGUAAGAGGGAAGCAAUUGUAUGGAAGGAAGUUAGUGCUUUGGAAUAGUUAAGAAGGCUUCAAGUUUUGAAGACUGCUCUGUGAAGUUGAGCAGUCAUGGAUAACUUAGAAAAUUAGUCUGACAAGCUUUGCACUUUGGUCACAUAAGUGCUCAUGUACAAAGUUGGCUUAAUGGAUCUGCAUAUUUGAAGUAUGCAGCUACAAAUUUAUCCUCUGAGAAAUCUUCUGGGGAGUCUGAUGUAUUAUUCCAAAUGACUUAUAUUCUCAGACAAGUGCAUUAAAAUACAUGGAUUAUCUCAAGCUGUUUAAAGGUAAUAAAGUAAGUAGAAACACUUAACGGCCAUUUUAAAUGGUAAAUUCUAGUUACAUAAGUAGGAUCUUACUAUGUUUGUAUCUAUAACAGUGUUAGACCAAGCUUUGGUUUCUACCUCCCCAAUGUUAUAAAUGUUCACUUUUGUUUUUAUAAACCAUAUUUACUGUAAAAUUAAUGCAAUUUUGCCUAACUGACUAAAUGAAUGGAAGCAAUUAAAUAAAAAUUAAUAGCUUUUUAUAAUGUUACAGUGAAUUUUAGAAAUUGUUUUUGGUGAAAUUUUCAUCUGUGUUUAGAACAUUAUGGAAUCAUAAAGCGUAUAUAAUACUUUAGUUUUUUUGUUUUCUGCAUUUUAAAAUGCAAGAGUAUAUAUCUUGUAGAACUGUGGGAGGAGAGAAAAUCAUUUUUCUACCUUACUCAAUACUCUUACUUCCACUUGUUUUGGCUAGAGAUUCCCUGAGCCGUUGUGGGUAGACUGUGCAUAGCUGCGAGCGGUGACACCACUGUAACUGUUUCAGAGAGAUUCAUUUAGAAGUGAAUGUAACCAGGAAUGGAGGCUGUCAGGUUAGCUAGCCCUGAAAGUAUGCAGUGGAUCUUGGGAACAAAUUGAGUUAUAUAAAAUAGUGUCCCCAUUCUUUGAUUGGAUUUGGGGUGUUGUGAUGCUCCUACUUCCUGUACAGGUUUAUGGGAUCAUGGUGCAGACUAACAGUAGGGUUCAAAAUUACUUCCCUUUCUAUUGACCAUUUAAAGGAUUCUAAAGGAGGGUAAAUCUUAACAACAGCCUGAAUUCAUCCUUCUGAAAUUUGCCCUGUGGCUUGCUGAGCUAUCAUUUGCCUUUUUAUUAAAGCUAAGGAACUUGAAUGCCUUACCUAAUCACUCAACUGGUAGUAAGCUCAUUUUGUAAAUAGGAAAAUGGUUGUUAGAUGUGGCAUUCAUGUUUGUUCCAUGUUAGUCAAUAGACCAUAGUGGCCUGGAUGCUUUAACAAGCAAAAUUCCACAUUCCCUUCCCCUUUCCUCUUACAUUUAUGAUUUUAUCUGCUAAGUAAUAUUGAAUUUUUUUUUCUCCUAACCCCAUGCUACCAUCAUUUUCUGGAAGUCAAAGAGAAGUGGUAGUAAAUCAUACUGUUCACAUGAUCAUCUGAGAUCAAUAUGAGCACAAAACUCUUCAACUAGGUCUGCCUGGCAUGUACAUAAAACAGUGUAAAUAAAAGUUUGUAAAUUCUUGUGAAUUGUACCUUGCAUAUGAGAUUGUGUGUUGUUUUGCAUUUUCUUCCCUUUUGUAGAAAUUUUUCUGUCAGGAAAUGAUCCAGCUUGUUGGUUUUAGACUGGAAAUAGCCAACAGUUCUGGCUGCACAGUGAGAUAACAGGAACUGGAAAUAGGGUUUAUCAGCUUUGGUCAGUAUCAGUACUUAUUUAUUUAGCCUCUCAGUGCCUAAUAAGACUUUUCCAUUUGUUAGUUGCCAUUAAUUUUUGUGAGAUUAGAUUUCUGGAAGCAGUGAAUCUAUAUACUGUUAUUAAUACACAUCCAUUCUUUAAGUCACAACUCUAAGGUAAGAGAGACUAAAUAUGAUUUAAUGAUUGCAAACUGAAGUAUUGUCCUUUCCCACUUUAGGGUUAUUUACAUUUUCUACAAAAAUCUUUGAAAUUCACUGGGAAUUUAAAUCCCAUAUACAUAUAAGAGAUAGGACAAAUAAUAGCACUUGCUUCAAUUUAAGCAUAUCUCAGACAACCUCUAAAGUUUUUCAUUGUAUGGUUGUAAAAGACAGAAAGGACAUAGGUAAUCUUUUAAUAACAACUAUUGCUAGUUUUUUGCUAAAAAUAUUUACAUUUCAUUAAUGUGUAUUAUUCCAGACUUUAGGAAACACCCCCCAAACACUCUCAGUUAAAAGCUUAAUCCUCCACAUUUAAAAUUAAUCAUAUAUUUCUUUUUUAUAGUACAUAGCCUUCUGUACCAUUUUAUGAGUUCAUUAUUUUAUAAUACAAUGAAAGUAUUCGUCAGUUUGAUUUUCUGCUUUAAACUUCUUUAAACCAUUUUAUAACUGCAUGCAAAAAGUAAUAUAGACUUAAGCUUUUAAUACUAAUUAUUCAGUUGGUAGACAAAGGUAUCCAUGCUUUGUGGUAGGAGAGUUUUGUUAUUGGCAGCGUCUUGCACGACUUUAUACACAAGGCAAAUGCUAAUGAUUAUUAU